AUGGAGGUCAAAGGUCCCAGGGCCCUGGAGCCCCAGACCUCUUCAGAGCAUCCUAGACCUGAUCUGAGCCCCAGCUCAAGCCUGGAUAACAAGAAUCCCCCCGGCACAGAGGUCAACAACCUGCUGCCAACAAAGAAUGGAGCGGUGGUCAUUGACAUGGGCACUAGUACCUGUAAGGUGGGCUUCGCUGGGCAUCCCAAACCCAUGUACACCGUGGCUACCAUCAUGGGCUGUCAACCCAAGAAACAGGCCAGUACGGGGCACACAGAGCUGGAAACGUUUAUUGGAGAGGUAGCCCGAUUAAAUCCAGAGCUGAGGCUAGUGCAGCCUAUUCGCAGUGGCAUCGUGGUGGACUGGGACGCAGCCGAGCUCAUCUGGCGCCACGUACUGGAGCAUGACCUCCAAGUGUCCCCCCAGGACCACCCACUGCUGUUCUCCGACCCGCCCUUCAGCCCUGCCACCAAUCGCGAGAAGCUGGUGGAAGUGGCCUUCGAGUCGCUGCGAUCACCCCGCAUGUACGUGGCAUCCCAGUCGGUACUUUCCGUCUAUGCUCACGGGAAAAUCAGUGGGCUCGUGGUGGACACGGGCCAUGGGGUCAGCUACACGGUGCCUGUCUUUCAGGGCUACAAUCUGCCCAAUGCUAUCGAGCGCCUGGACCUGGCUGGCAAUCAUCUGACUGCCUUCCUGGCAGAGAUGCUCCUGGGCUCUGGCUUCCAACUUCAGCAACAAGAUCUGGACACCGUGGAAAACAUCAAGCACCAGUAUUGCUAUGUGGCCUCAGAUUUCAAGAAGCAGAAGGAAUCAGAGCAGGACUGCAAGAAAUCUCUGAAGCUUCCCGAUGGGAGGACCGUCACUCUGGGCAAGGAGCUGUUCCAGUGCCCAGAGCUGCUGUUCCAUCCACCAGAGAUCCCAGGGCUGUCGCCGGUGGGUCUCCCUUCCAUGGCCAAACGGAGCCUCCUCAAGGUACCGCAGGAUCUGCGAGAAAACGUUGCCCGCAACGUGCUCCUGUGUGGAGGCUCUUCUCUCUUCGCAGGAUUUGAGAAUCGUUUCCGGGCAGAGCUGCUGCAGGCUCUGCCCCCAGAGCAACAGGUGGUGGUGCUAGCCCAGCCCAACAGAAACUUCUCUGUGUGGAUUGGAGGCUCCAUCCUGGCCUCACUGCGUUCCUUCCAGUCCUGCUGGAUCCUACGUGAGCACUACGAGGAACAGGGUCCCCACAUUGUGUACCGCAAAUGCUACUGA